AUGAGCGGUUUUCCGGCGGCCCCCCUAGCCACCGGUGCCGACUUUUGUGCGGACCUAAAAGCGUCGCCCGAGGGCGCGUUCUUUCUCAACACGGACCCAUCCAACUCAUCCACCCCCACCACGCCCUUCGACAACUACAACCUCUUCAGCAACACCUUCUACCCGCCGCCCACCUCGAUGAGUGCGGCGGCCGUUAUGAAUGCGGGCGGGAUGCAGCCCGUCCCGCUCAUGUCGCACGGUGUUAUGGAGACGUCGAGGCGGGGUGGGCAUGUACAUAAUCGGUUAGUAGUUAGCAGGGGAGGGGUGGUGACUUUAAAAAUUUUUAAAAUUAAAAAAAAGUUAAAUUUUUUAAAAUUUUUUGGUUUUUCAGUAUCGUGCUAUAUAGUACCAACACUAAAAAAUUAAAAAAAGUAAAAAAAAUAUAAAAAACCUUAAAUUAAGUUUUUGUUAGAUAAAUAUUACUUUUAAUUAAUCUUAUAGUACAAGCAGUAUCGUACUAUAUAGUACCAAACUUCAAAAACUUAACAAAUUAGUAUCUUUUUAAAAACAACAAUACUAUAUACGUAUUUCAACUUAAAACUAAACAAAAUAAUAUACGAAGAAAGAUUUUUAAGUACUAUAAGUACGCCCUAGAGUACGAACUGUCUACUGUACAAACCGUGCUUUUAAACAAGCCUAGUAUAUUACAGUAGCAGACUACUAACACACCAAAGUUUUGAAGCUACAAUCUAGACAAAAAUCUAUAGUAGAGUACAAAUAGAUGCGUACUACAAUAUGAUCUCCAUAAAAGUAGGAUUAACUACAAGUUUAGCUUUGUAAAUCUAAAAUUAACUACAAAUGUAGCUCUGUAAAACCAAAGUAAACUACAAUUUAAGCUCAAUAACAGUAAGCUUGACUACAAUUUAGUCUAAAAAAAGUUGUGUUAGGUACAAAUUUAGCUCUACAAAGUGUAUUCAACUACAGAUUUUAAAGUACAGUAGGACUCUUGUAUAACGAAUUAGUUAACGAUUUAGAAUUUGUUUGUUAUACAGAGUUCUACUGUAUAUAAAACCAAAAUUAAUGUUGUGUAAGUGUAGUAAAAUUUAUAAAAAAAAAUUUUUUAUUUUCAAAUUUCAGAGGCAACUAUCAAAUGCCCUUGGACACGCCAUUCUCCUACAACCCACUCUACUUUCUCAACCAGAACCACGCCCAAGGCGGUGUGCCCACUACAGUAAGCUUGAACCGAUCCGCUCAAGCUCAAGAACAAAACUCGCCCAGCUUGCCGAAUUCAUUAAUGAGGUUUGGGUAAGUUAACUGGCCUUAUCCUACCCUACCCUACCCUACCCUACCCUAUCCUGCCCCACCCUACCCUACCCUACCCUACCCUACCCUACCCUACCCCACCUACCCUACCCUACCCUACCCUACCAUACCCUACCCUACCCUACCCUACCCUACCCUACCCUACCCUACCCUAUCCUACCUUGCCCUACCCUACUCUACUUUAUAUAUACCGUACUUUGGUAUGCCUUUCUACCUUACUCUGUUAUACCGUUCCCUAUAUCCUACCGUUCUUUAGGCCCUACCGUAUUUGAGAUCUUAUUCUACUUUACCUCACUCUAUCUUACCGGAGUAGACUUAUAUAUUUUCUAGGCUCUACCAUUCGAUUUCUUUUUGUAAUCUAUGCCUCACCCUACAUUUUUUGUCGCUUCAUAACUUUCUUCUUUUUUAUAGUUGGGCAAUGUUUUUUACGUCGUUGGAAAGCCCUAAAUGUGAGCUUCAUUUUCAUGUUUUAUUGGUGAAAUUUGAUCAACUAUUACUUGAGUUAUGAUUUUUUUAAAAGGCAAUGGUCAAACACCAAAUUUUUGCAAUUUUUUUGUAAGAGUUCAAGUUACGCAAUAACGCGACACAGGCAACCCGCAACAUCAACGAUGCGUUUGGGCUACGAACAGCUUCCGAACGGACUACGUCUCGCUGGUUCAGCCGCUUCCGUUCUGACGUCGGGACCUUGGAAAAUUACGUCAUCCAUGGUCAUCCAUUGAUGAGAUUCUGAAGGCAAUGGUGGAAGAAGAUUCAUUCACGUACAACUGUUCGUGACUUAAUUCUGAGCUGGAUGUUUCCUCCACUACCAUUGACAACAACCUUGAGAAAAGUGAUAAGCUAAAAACACUGAAAAAGUGGAUUCCACAAGGAUUUAAAGGUAAGCAAAAAGACCAGCUUUUUGAAGAUGACCACGGUGAAGCUACACGAACUGGGCUACAAAACUUUUUGGCACUCGCCCUACUCACCCAACUUGUCUUCUACCAAUUACCAACGUUUCAAGCAUCUGGACCCGUUGGUCCGGCAGAACUGCUUCAAUACCGAAGGUAAUGUAAAAACGGGCUUCGGAGAUUCCAUCGUCUCCAGAAGACCGGACUUCUACGAAAAGGGAAUGAAUCAACUUGUCAAACGUUGGCCAAAACGUACUGAAUCGGCUGGUUGUUGUUUCGAUUUAUAAACUUGUUGUUGAAGAAAGUUAUGCUUUGUUAAAGUUUUCGGCCAAAAUCAGCCAUUCUUUAUUGAACGACCUAAUACUUUAUCUCUAUAGUACCUAACUUUACUGUAUCCUUCUCUACUCUGCCUUGCUCUGCCUCACCCUGCCCCUUUUUCAUGUUAUACUGAACAUUUUUAAGCUUUUGCUCAAGCUUCUAACCUUAAUAAACUAAUUCCAGGAUGUUCGACAGCUCAUUUGGGAACGUAGCGGAAGCCCGUCUAAAUCAUAUCAACUCACACCUUACUCCACCUCACAAUUUGAUUAAUUUUGAGGCGGGGUGUUCACGGUCAAACCCUCAGCCUGUCGAUGAUGACAAGAAGUGCGCCGUCUGUGAGGAUCAUGCCAUCUGUCAGCAUUAUGGUGCUCGGACUUGUGAAGGGUGCAAGGGGUUCUUUAAGGUACUUUUUUUUACUUUUCUGAGCUUAGUUUGGACUAAAAAUGAUUUUUCUGUUAGGUUUAGGCUGGUAGAUUAGAAAAAACAAAAAUAUUUUUGGGCAGGGUAAAAAAAUUUUUUGGUGGGGGGAUAAAAUUUUUUUUUUAAAUUUGAAAAUAAUAAAAAAAUUACGCCUUAAAUGCCAUUUAAUAUCAAAUACUGAAAAAUUUUCAAAUUUCCAGCGUACCGUCCAAAAACGUGCCCAGUACGUCUGUGCUGGAAGUAAGAACUGCCCAAUCGACAAACGCUACCGCAGUCGAUGCCAGUACUGCCGUUUCCAAAAGUGCCUUCAAGUGGGUAUGGUACGUGAAGUUGUAAGAUACGGAAGCCUACAAGGUCGUCGUGGUCGUCUACCAUCCAAAGCCAAGACUGUCCAGCAGCACGAUCACGAAAUGGCACCAGCUUUGAGUAUUCUCAGCGUGAUCCAGAAGGCUUAUGAUAAUCGACCAGUUAAUACUAUUCCCACGCCAAAGAAGAAUCCCGACUACGAAACGUUGGAGAGGAUUCUGUGCAUGGAGUUUACUUCAAUGGUGCUUUGUCUUCGGAAGAUUGAGUUUGAGGAUUUGAACGUUUCUACCUUCACCAAACUGGCUUAUCGCAACUUUUUCCCUUUUUUGGCAACCAAGUAUGCCAUGAGAAUGGCUACGUUUGAGUAGGUCUUACUAAUCUUUCACUAAAAAACGUUUUUUUUACUCUAUUGUAUUCAUGACAGUACUGUGCUAAGGGUUAAGUAGACUAGUCUUUAAGGAAUAAGGUCGAAUACUGUAGAGUAAAAGGGUACGGAAGUGUAGAGUAGAGAAGAGUAGAGGAAUGCAAGGCAGAGCAGACUACAGUAAUGUAAGACCGGGUAGUGUUAGGUAGUUAAUAUGAAAAAAUAGGGUAGAAGGAUACACUAGAGUACGGUAUACUAGGUAAAGCGUAGAGUAGAGGAAGACUAAGGAAGACUAAGGUAGGGUAGGGUAGGGUAGGGUAGGGUAAAGUACGAUACGGUACGGUACAGCACGGUAUAGUACGGUACGGAACAGUAAGUGUAGGGUACGGUAUUUUGUGUCGAUGGUAGAUCAUCUUUCAUUUCCAGAACCACCGAAUUCAUUGUAUUUGACACCGGGGACAGAAUCGAAAUCGACGAAAUGCCUGGAGCUUUCCAAACGUUCUUCCGCACGAUGGCUGUGAUUUCAAACCGAGUCAAAACGAUUGUGGAAUGGGACAAAAGCAACAAUGCCUUCACUUCCAUGAUUGUUUUGCAGUUUUUGAAACAUCAAGUUGGUAAGGGUUUUCAAACACUUAAAAAAAAUUUUUUUUGCGAAAAAAAAUUUUGGAAAGAAAGUUUUUGCAAACUCAAAUUUUUAUAAAUUUUUGGUUUUUAGUUAGGUAGAUGAGCUUAAAACUCAAAAAAAAAUUUAAUUUUAAAAACAAUGAUUUUUCUGUCUCAGCCAAUCAGAGACAAGCUAUAGAGUUAGGCUCCGCCCAUUUGGUGUGAGGAGAAGUCUUUUUUUUUGCUUUGAAAUAGUAGUUUGUUCAAAUAAUUCUGAGCCAAUGAAUUAUAAAAAUUUGCUUUGAAAGGAGGCACAGAAUUAAUUGAACAACCUAUAUAGUUUGAUUAAAAUUUAAAAUAAAAAGUUUAAAAAACUAUGCUUUCUAUACCAAGUCUACUAUAAAAUUAGUGUUUUAAAGCCAUAGAGAAAAAUUAUUUUAAAAACUUUUUUUUUAGAUUCAGUUGAAGACAGCAAAACUAAUAAGUUGGCUGAACUUGGUGUGAUUGACAGGCAUUACCACACUAUUGUGAAUGCUUUAAAGGACCAUUGUGCUGGGCCAACAGCUCACAAUUCCAGACUUCAGAAUAUCAUGACUAUGGUCAGUUGUUUUUUCUUACUGUAGUGAAUUUACUGUAUUUUAAAUUUUUUUUAAAAUUUUUUUAUAUUUUUUAAAAAAAUUUUCAAAAAUAUUUAAUUUUAAAAAAAAUUUUUAAUUAAAUUUUUUUAAAAUAUUAAUUUCUUUUUAUUUUAUUUAAAUAAUUUAAUUUCUUUAAAUAUUUCAAUUAAAAAACAAAUUUUUCAGACCGAAAGCAUGUUGCCAUUCCGUGCCUUGGGCUUCUACUGUCUGAAUGAGAUGAGCAAGAACGUUCCAUUGACUGGCGAGCUGAUGGUCCUGUUUCAAGAAGGGCAGAAUUUGGGGUUGAUACCUACAAUGAUGGAUCAGCAUCUGAAUUUGUGCCAUUUGGGUUUUGAAAAAGAGAUACUGUUGAGAUUGGGGUUGAUGUCGACCAAUGAACCAGGGCCUUCUGAUCAACGAGCGCAGCCCAGUUUGGCUGGAGUCAAGAAUGAGUUUAACUUCUGA